AUGAUAGUGAAGCAAGUUUACUGUCGAAGCUGGGCCAAAGUUGUGACGUCUCGGUAUUUCUCCAAAUGCACAUCAACUCCGGUUCUUCCUAAAGGCUCCUUCCUUCACCGAAUAAACGAACAUUUUACUCCAAUAGCCGAGGCUGAUCCUGAAUUCGACAUCGCCGCCUUGGCUCGGAGCGUUGAACGAAGAGGCCUCACGGAAGUCUUCCCCUCGGAGUACCUUGAAAGACUUGACAAACAGGCUCGUGAUAUUCGCGCUUAUGAAAAGGAGCUCCAGCAUAUUGAAGCUCGACGUUUGCGUCUUCACGACGAAUAUCAGGAAGCUUCCAGUUCAGGAAACGCAGCGCUUCAGGACCAACUUCGUGCAGCGUCGAAAUUAAUCAAAAAGGAGAAAAAUAAGUUAAAAGAACUUCAUAGAACGCUUGCUUUCAAUGUCAUGGAGGAUCUUCUGAAGUUGCCUAAUCGACUGCGUGAAGCUGAGUGUUCCCUUCCCCCAGAAACUCUGUUUUCUCAAACGUCCACCCCGACAUCUCUCCAGGAUGCUAUACGAGCUACAGAUCUAGAUACGUCAAUUGUAAACAAAGACUGCGGUACGUACUAUACUGGAAAACUUGCUGACUUCCGACACGAGAUGUCGAGGCUGUUGGCCGUCAUCAGCGGUGAAGUGGAGAAGGCAAUGGGAACCCCGGCCCUGAGGUGUUCGCUCUCGGACUUUGUUCGUCUGCCAGUGGCUGAAGCUUGCGCCUGGACGCCUUCUCUGGAUGAAGUGAUACAGAUACAGCAUACGAAGGACGAUGUCAUCAUUCCAAAGCCUGGUGAUCAACCGCUUAUUAAUCCUUACACGCGACUCUGUCUCGUCGGAUCAGCAAGCCUAGCAGCAUUUGCAGGCAUGUUUGCGUUUGAUGGCACGUUAAUGCAUUUCACCUUGUCUGAAUUUUCUAACUAA